UGCUUGUUGGCCUACUUUUAGAAGCAACUCGAAUCAUUGUAGGCUCAAUUGUACUCCCGGGGCUCUUACGUGCAAUGGUGUGUUUGGUGGUUCCAAUUGUCGCAUAUCGGCUCUCCUACGAUACAUGCCUGUAAUGAACCACCCUUAUCACGGGAAUGGCCGAUGUUGCGGGCGCCAAGGGACAAAUGGCGGAUCACGCGGAGAUGACCUCAGGACUACCUAUGCUAUAGUUAGCAUUAGCUAUGAGGUAGUCAAAUUUCAGAAGAUAUAUUCUUCCAAUCACCCACUGGUCCUUUUGAGUGGAGGUUCUCUGAUGAUACUUCUGUUGACUAUACCUGCAAUACAGUUGUGGUAAACGCUCCGAUGUUUCCCAAUUUUCUACUUCGUCCAGGUAUCUUGCGCCCCAGGCAGGUUGCAACCCAGGGACCGUCCUCUGGACCAGACCCAAUACCUUGUUUAGAGGAGACGAGCAACGACACCAAUAAAUUCUUGAUGGGCCAUGUGUCCUGUAUCCGUUGCUCUCAUUGCGCGGCCGAUUUAUGCUUGACAUCGCAAAUUAUCAGCAAAGGCUUCACUGGCCGUCAUGGCCGCGCGUUGCUUGUGUCUGCACGAAUCAUUGCCAGUGCGGUUUCUAUUAGUCCAUCUUCCGCAGCGACAGAUUGUCUCCCAAACACCAUCGUGCAAAAACCCAUACCUCGACGAUUAGUGACCGGUGCGCACAUGGUAAGCGAUCUAAAUUGUGCCCUCUGUGGAACUGUACUCGGCUGGAAAUAUGUCUCCGCAGAGGAGGAAUCACAACGCUACAAGGUCGGCAAGUUCAUACUAGAGACCGAGAAAAUUACAACGUCACCAUUCUGGGAGUCUGCACCGAAGGCCAAUCUGCUUCUCGAUCCUGAAAACUCAUGCUCUGAAGAACACCGGGAAAGCUUGUCGGAAGACGUUAUAGAGUUCGACAGCCAGGAUGAGGAUGAAUGCGAAGAUCUCUUCGCCGCAAUCUGGAGUCCUGGUCUGGCUAUGCGCCGCAGAAGUCGCAAAAUGGAACAUUAUCUUUCUAGGUUCAGACACAACCCAUCAUAAUCAACCUCAUUAACCUCAAAAGAUUUACCGACCUGGGAACAAAUGUGAAUCCAACCAGUUUCCAAGCCAGACAACCCGCAAGAGCGACUGUAUCUUGUCAGUCUUCAACUUCGUCCGGGUGUUGCACUUGCCGACCAGCUUUUGCAGUUCUACAGGGCGCAGCGUUUUUCAUCACUGGUUGGGCUUUCCACCCAAUGAGUACGAUUUUAUCUUGUAUUUUCAUGCACAAUGUCCUUAAUCAACCGGGUAUCAUAAUUCACUAUCAACGAGACUUGUCGUCAAAUUCACGUUGAGAGCUUGCAUUAUUGUGAGAGGUGGAGGGCGGAGCCCGUAGAUACGGGCGAAAUGCACGUGAGUUGAAGGAGUUCACCAGCUAUUAUAUCGUAUCCUUGAGGUCGGUCG